AUGCUCUUUUCAUCUGGUAUAGCAUCUAAUCUGAAAGUAGCACUUCUGCACGUACAAGCCGACUUGUGCGACAAGCCGCAUGACAACAAGUCGUUGAGCAUAAAAAUCACUGCGUGGACAACUGGCAUUAUCUCCAUCGUUGCAGUCAUCUUGCGCUUCGUAUCGCGGCACCUCGGUGGGAGCCCGCUUUGGUGGGACGAUUGGCUUCAACUUGCCUCGAUCAUUCUCGUAAUCCCAAUGACUGUCUCCCUACUGUUGAAUGCCGAAGCCGGAAUAGGCCAUCAUAUCUGGGACCUCACUUACCACCAAGUCAAGACCAUCGGCCAGUGGACAUACAUAACGACCAUCUGCUGGGCGUUGGAGCUGCUCAUACUCAAAUUCAGCAUCCUCUGUCUGUACGUGCGCAUCUUUCCGAACCCUUGGCUGAAGCGAGCGGUUAUGAUCUUUACGGUCUUCACGAUCUUAUACACCGGACCGCUAGUCUUUCUGGCAGCUCUACAGUGUAUUCCUGUACACGCAAUAUGGGAUCUAGAGGCGCAGAAGACGGCGAAGUGUAUCGAUUGGAUAGCGGUACUCAGGGCAACUGUGGUCUUUGAAGUCAUUGCGGAAGUCCUCAUCUUUGUAUUACCCAUUCCAGUAGUCCUGAGGCUUAAGUUGCGACGUUCAAAAAAAAUCCAACUGCUCACCUUCUUUGGGCUGGGCGUCUGUAUCAUCGGCAUUUCCGUCGCCCGUCUCCCAACGCUCCCCGGCGUAGUCUCCUCCGAGGACCAGCCUUACACCACCGUCGGCGCCACAAUCCUCGGAUUCGUGGCCAGCGUGGUUGGUCACGUCUGCGCCGCGGUGCCCACCAUCCGCGCUCUCGUCCGUCUCUGGUGCGGCUCUCUGGACGACUCGUCAUCGCGCUCGAGGCCAUCGCGAUUCGGGAAAGGCUGGGGCAGCUCGACGGCCUCGAGCGGAAAGCGGUCGAGCUGGUUCUCCAGGAGUCAGUCUUACCACUCGAGCAACCUCCUCCCUUCACAGAACACGGACAAGGAGAAGAGCGCCGGAAUUACCGUACAGCAGCAUUUCGGCGUGCAACCCUUGUUGGAAACGCGAGAAGACGUAGUGUUGUUGGAUCUGCAGCCCAUUCGCGAGCGCGCGUACCAGCCCGCACGACCUCAACGGGGUGUGGGACAAUGGAAUUCAGGGAGGCCCAGGUGGGUUACCGAUGAGGAGCAGCCACCUUCUAUCAUACGUGAGCCGUGGAAAGAGGCAGAUAUUGAUGAUUCGUCGUCGGAAAAGGAUGUGCUGCCAAAUCAAGGGUUCGCAAGGACUUCUUCUGUUCGCGCGAUAGAGGAGCACAUACAUUCGAUGGAGGCAAGGAUGCUGGAGCUGGAAACGGAAAUACAGUUUUAUCGGAGUAAUUCGGUUCGCGGACAAGCGUCAAGAGUGUGA